AUGGGAGACGCCAUACCGUCCGGAGCCGAGUCCAAGCUUUUCCAGCCACUCACCAUUGGCCAUGGGAGGAUCAGACUCAAGCACCGCGUCGUCAUGGCGCCCCUGACGCGCAACCGUGGCACCCCGCUGUCAGCGCAGUCGACGGCGGAGGAGCCCAACCGCAUCUGGGUGCCGAACGAGACCAUGGUCGAGCACUACAGGCAGCGGGCCACCGACGGCGGGCUCAUCAUCAGCGAGGGCCUGCCGCCGUCCCUGGAGGGCAAUGGCAUGCCUGGGGUCCCGGGCAUCUUCAGGAGGGACCAGGUCGAGGGUUGGAAGAAGGUCGUCGACGCCGUCCACGCCAAGGGAGGCUUCAUCUACGCCCAGCUCUGGCACUCUGGCCGGGCCAACAUUCCCCACCUGACGGGGUCCCCCAUCGUCGCCCCCUCGGCCGUGCCGUGGGACGACCCGGAGGAGCGGUACCCCUACCCUCCGCCGCACACGGCCACUCCGGUCAGGCUGGCCGACUACCCUCCCAUCGAGCUGUCGGUCGAGCACAUCAAGCGCACCAUCGGCGACUACCGCGCCGCCGCCAAGGCCGCGAUCGAGGCCGGCUUCGACGGCGUCGAGCUCCACGGCGGCAACGGCUACCUGCCCGAGCAGUUCCUGAGCUCAAACUCCAACAGGCGCACCGACCAGUACGGCGGCUCGCCCGAGAAGCGCUGCACCUUCCCCCUCGAGCUCAUGGAGGCCCUGGCCCAGGAGGUGGGGCAGGACAGGCUCGCCAUCCGCCUCUCGCCCUUCGGCCUCUUCAACCAGGCCCGCGGCGAGCAGCGCGUCGAGACCUUUGGCCACCUCUCCCGCGAGCUCAAGCGCCGCCUCCCCGACCUCUCGUACGUGAGCUUCGUCGAGCCCAGAUUCGAGCAGGUCUUCUCCGAGGCCGAGAAGCAAAAGUUCCUCGACUCCUGGAGCCUGUCCGACGUCGACCUGUCGCACUUCCGCGACAUCUUUGGCGACACGCCCUUCUUCUCCGCCGGCGGCUUCAACGACACGAACUACCAGGGUGUCAUCGAGAGCGGCCGCUACGACGCCCUCCUCUUUGGCCGAUACUUCAUCAGCAAUCCGGAUCUCGUCGAGAGGCUGCGCAGGGGCCAGCCUCUGGCCAAGUAUGACCGUGCCCUCUUCUACGGACCUUUGGAGGACCCCACCAAGGGAUACACGGACUACCCCGCGUACGGCCAGUAG